ACAGUUUCAGUUUUGACAGCAGUCACCAGUGCCUUCCUGGAAGCUUCUAGAAGGGCAGGGGCGCAUACUGGCUGACAGGCUGUGCCCGAAACUGGAUCACCUGGAGAGAAGGAAGUAACUAAAACAUUUCAUCAAGAAGAAGUCAACUUUAAUGGCACAACCCCCUUGGAAGCCACAAGCAAUGAGGCUCUCCUUGUUCACCCUCUUGGUAACUGUCUUCUCAGGGGUCGCCACAAAAAGCCCCAUAUUUGGUCCCCAGGAUGUGAGUAGUAUAGAAGGUAACUCGGUUUCCAUCACGUGCUACUACCCAGACACCUCUGUCAACCGGCACACCCGGAAAUACUGGUGCCGACAGGGAGCCAGCGGCUCUUGCAUAACCCUCAUAUCUUCAAAUGGCUACCUCUCCAAGGAGUAUUCAGGCAGAGCCAACCUCAUCAACUUCCCAGAGAAUAGCACAUUUGUGAUUAACAUCGCACACCUCACCCAGGAUGACACUGGGAGCUACAAGUGUGGCCUGGGUACCAGUAACCAAGGCCUGUCCUUCGAUGUCAGCCUGGAGGUCAGCCAGGUUCCUGAGGUCUCAAUUGACACCCAUGUCUACACAAAGGACAUAGGCAGAAACGUAAUCAUCGAAUGCCCUUUCGAAAACUUUCAGAAUUCUCCUAAAAAGAAAUCCCUGUGUAAGAUGACAGGCCAGACCUGUGAACUUAUCAUUGACUCCACUGGGUAUGUGAACCCCAGAUAUAAGGGCAGAGCAGAACUUACUAUGAAAGGGACCAAAAAAGUAUUCAAUGUCAGCAUUAAUCAUCUAAUGCUCAGUGAUGCUGGGCUGUAUGUUUGCCAAGCUGGAGAAGGUUCUAGUGCUGAUAAAAAGAAUGUUGACCUCCAGGUGCUGGAGCCUGAGCCAGAGCUGCUUUAUAAAGACCUGAGGUCCUCAGUGACUUUAGAAUGUGACCUGGGUCAUGAGGUAGCAGACGAGGUCAAAUAUCUGUGCCGGAUGAACAAGGAAACCUGUGAUGUGAUCAUCAACACCCUAGGGAAGAGGGAUCCAGCUUUCGAAGGCAGGAUCCUGCUAACGCCCAGGGAUGACAAUGGCCGUUUCAGUGUGUUGAUCACAGGCCUGAGGAAGGAGGAUGCAGGGCACUACCAGUGUGGAGCCACCAGUUCUGGUUUGCCUCAAGAAGGUUGGCCCAUCCAGACUUGGCAACUCUUUGUCAAUGAAGAGUCCACAAUUCCCAACAGUCGCUCUGUGGUGAAGGGCUUCACAGGAGGCUCUGUGGCCAUCGUCUGUCCCUAUAACCCCAAGGAAAGCAGCAGCCUCAAGUACUGGUGUCACUGGGAAGCAGAUGGGAAUGGACGCUGCCCGGUGCUGGUGGGGACCCAGGCCCUGGUGCAAGAAGAGUAUGAAGGCCGACUGGCACUGUUUGAUCAGCCAGGCAAUGGCACCUACACAGUCAUCCUCAACCAGCUCACCACCCAGGAUGCUGGCUUCUACUGGUGUCUUACCAAUGGUGACCCUCGCUGGAGAACCACAAUAGAACUCCAGGUUGCUGAAGCAACAAGGAGGCCAAACCUUGAGGUGACACCACAGAAUGCGACUGCGGUGAUAGGAGAGUCCCUCACAAUCUCCUGCCACUAUCCAUGCAAAUUCUACUCCCAGGAGAAAUACUGGUGCAAGUGGAGCAACGAGGGCUGCCACAUCCUGCCUAGCCACGACGAAAGUUCCCGCCAGGCCUCUAUGAGCUGCGACCAGAGCAGCCAGCUCAUCUCCAUGACCCUGAACCCAGUCAGUAAGGAAGAUGAAGGCUGGUACUGGUGUGGGGUAAAACAAGGCCAGGCCUAUGGAGAAACUACAGCCAUCUAUGUAGCUGUUGAAGAGAGGGCCAGAGGGUCACCCCACGUCAACCCAACAAAUGCAAAUGCACCUGCAAAAGUUGCUCCAGAAGAAGAGGUAGUGGAAUCCUCUGUCAGUGAGAACGAGAACAAAGCCAUUCUGAACCCCAGGCUUUUUGAAGAUCAAAGAGAGAUACAGAAUGUGGGAGACCAAGCUCAGGAAAACAGAGCAUCUGGGGAUGCUGGCAGGGCUGAUGGACAAAGCGGGAGCUCCAAAGUGUUAUUCGCCACCCUGGUGCCCCUGGGUCUGGUGCUGGCAGUGGGUGCUGCGGCUGUGUGGGUGGCCAGAGUCCGACACAGGAAGAAUGUAGAUCGCAUGUCAAUCAGCAGCUACCGGACAGAUAUUAGCAUGGCAGACUUCAAGAACUCCAGGGAUUUUGGAGGCAAUGACAAUAUGGGGGCCUCUCCAGACACACAGGAAACAGUCGUCGAAGGAAAGGAUGAAAUCGUAACCACCACUGAGUGCACUGCUGAGCCAGAAGAAUCCAAGAAAGCGAAAAGGUCAUCCAAGGAGGAAGCUGACAUGGCUUACUCGGCAUUCCUGCUUCAAUCCAACACCAUAGCUGCGCAGGUCCAUGAUGGUCCCCAGGAAGCCUAGGCGGUGCUGACCGCCCACCCCUGCCUGUGACAAUCAACUUGAGAAUCACACUGAUCCACUUGCAGCCCACACUCACCCAUCACCUCUGCUCUUCCCUCCUGUCCUCAGAGGUGUGCUGGUUCCUUCCUCGGCCAUGGGAGCCUAGCCUAGUUAUGCCUGUUUAGGAAAGAGUGUGAGGAGUUCUUUUCUCUGUUAAAAGAGUAAGGUGGAAAUGAGGAGUCGAGCCUGAGAAGCAUCUCUGAGAGAAGAGUGUUCAGAGUAGGGGCUCAUUUCAGUGGGGGAAAGCCACUUGAAGCCUCUUUAUACCCAUACAAUAGGAUGUCAGUGUAGCUCUCCUCUCUUCCAUCUCUCCUUCCCUCUCUUCUUGAUUCAAACAACACAUCUGAGAACUCACUAGGCUUCAGUGCCUACUAAAUGCUGAGAGCCAGGCCACAGCCUUUCUAUAAACAUCACUGGAAGAGACGCCAUCUCCUCCUAGAUUCUGUCUUUUCACUAAGAUAAGAAAGACAUCAUUACCAGGUAUAUCUCCUGCCUCUGGAGACCAUAGGCAACAUAGGAAAUCCCUGCAUAUGCAAGCUAAAAGGGUACCACAAUUCUCAGAUGAGAAGAGAUUUUUCUUAAGGGUACUCAGUGAGAUAAACUAGUCUCAAACCAGGUGUGGCAACUCCUGGCUCUUGGCCUGGGAUCUGUCUUCAAGACCUCUGCUCUUAUUAGAGGGAGAACUUUAGCAUGGGGAAAACCAAGAGAAAACGAGUUAAAUGGGCAUGGUGGUGUGCUCCUGAAAUUCCAAUAGUAAGAGGUAAAAAUAGGAUCAGAAGUUCAAGGUAAUCCUGGGCUACCUAGGGAGUUCAAGGCCAGCCUGGGAUACAUUGAGACUUGGUUUCAAAGAAGGAGGGAGCAGGAGGAACAGGAACAGGAGGAGGUGCAGGGGGAGAAGCAAGAGAAGGAGAAGAAGAAGGAAAAAGACAAAGAGGAGAAGGAGGAGGAGAAAGAAGAAGAGGAGGAGGAGAAGGAGGGAGA